CCUGAUUCUAAAUAACUAUACGAGAGGACAUUUCCAGAUUCCUUUGUGUGUGAGAGACUUGGCAGUAGUCUGGAAACAAUCCGGGUUUGCCAAAAUAUUUCUCUUGAUAUUAUCUGUGUUUCCCUCAACAUUUUGUCCAGGAUCAGAAUAUAGCAAGAUUUCUUCCAUGAUUACUGAAAAGAACGCUGCAAAUGCCAUGGGAGGCAAGACAGCACGAGCUUGUGACAGCUGUUUACGUAGGCGGGCUCGCUGGUUUUGUGCUGCUGAUGAUGCUUUCCUUUGCCAGGCUUGUGAUGCAUCGGUUCACUCCGCUAAUCUACUAGCGAGCAGACACGAAAGGGUUCGGCUCCAAUCCUCAUCUGUGAAACCCAACAACGAUAUUUCUGCAGUAGUUGAUGAUAAUUCUCCACCAGCAUGGCACCGGGGUUUCACGCGAAAGGCACGAACCCGUCGCCAUAACAAGCCUGUAUUGGUGCAACAGGCUAAAGAGGAAGAGAAAUCCUUGGACCUUCUGCCUUGUGUUCCUGAGAUUGGCAGUGAAGAAGUUUCGCAGGAGGUCAGCAGCAAUGAAGAAAAACUUCUUUUUCGGGUUCCUAUUUUCGACCCUUUUGCCACUGAACUUUGCAAUGAAAUGGAGAACACGAUUGGUGAUGAAAGAACCACUAUGGGGAGUGAUGAAGUGGAAAGAAUGGUGGCUGAAGAUUAUGGACAUGAUAGGGUUUGUGAAUUGGAUGAGUUACAUGGGUUUCUGUCCUCUGAUAUGGAGCUUGCUGAUUUUGCUGCUGAUGUCGAGAGACUAUUGGGAAAAGGACUAGACGAAGAUUCUUGCGACAUCAAAGGAUUGGGACUUUUAGAUUGUAAAGAGGAAGAUGAUAUUGAGUUCUACGUUGAUUUUGGAGAGGAGAUGGAGAAAAAGGUCAUUCCCAUGGCGGAGAACAAAAUGAUGAAUGGUGAUCAAGGAUGCGACAAGGAGAUGAAGAGGGAGAUAUUUUUGAGGCUAAACUAUGAGGAAGUUAUUACAGCUUGGCCCGACCAACGUUCUCCAUGGACAACAGGAACACGACCGGAGCUCAAUCCUGACAACUGCUGGCGGAACAUCAUGGGUUCGUGCCCUAAAGAUGUUCAUCAUAACCCAUACGGGGAAACAGCAUCACUCGGAGGCCGUACGGACGGGUGUCGAGAAGCAAGAGUAUCGAGGUACAGAGAGAAGAGAAGGACACGCUUGUUCUCGAAGAAGAUAAGGUACGAAGUAAGGAAACUGAACGCUGAGAAGAGGCCGAGAAUGAAAGGACGGUUCGUUAAGAGGACGUCCAUGUUCAUGGCCGGGACGACUACUACUACUACUACUUCUGCUUUUCCAGCUUACCAGAUCAACAAGUAACCGCCAAUUAACUACCAAGUUUGCUUGGCAAAAUUAGAAUAAGAUAGAUGGAUAGCCUGCUAAUUAGCUGCUGCAUGGUAGCUUAUAACCUUUAACUCUUCUUUAAUUUCUGUCUUCCUGUCUGUCUCUUUCUCUGAUCUCUAACAAGACUAGCUAAUUAAUGUCCAGUACUACCUUUGAGCCCGUGUCUAAGAACUCAUGAGCUUCUUAGAGUUGUUGCAGAUCGAAGCUGUGUUUUUCUUUUUGUCUGACCAGAAACUGGAUCGUCUUUUUCAAGUAUUGCUCAAAUUUGAAUGUAUAUAGAGCUUGAAUUU